UAUAUAAUAGUUAUCUGUACUCUGUGGUAACUCCUAAGAGUAAGAUCUGUGAGUAAGAUGGCGUUGCAACUUGCUUGGAGUGUUUGUGAAAAAUUGUGUUCUUUUUUACAUUUGUUUAACGUAUAACUACUUUCUCGUUUCGUGUAAUUAUUCAGUAGUAAAUUACGAAAAGCCUCAAAAUGGCCGAAUUAGCUGCGUUACUCCAAACAGACAUACCUGAAGGUCGAAACCACUUGACUGACAGCCACACAAAUCUCGAGAGAGUGGCAGAGUACUGUGAAGCGAAUUACUUCCAAUCGGAAAACAAAAGGCUUGCAUUGGAAAGUACCAAAAACUACACCACACAGUCCCUAGCCAGUGUGGCUUAUCAAAUUAACACACUUGCCUACAAUUUCCUUCAGUUAUUAGAGUUGCAGACUAUGCAGUUAGCAGAGAUGGAAGGUCAGAUGAACCAUAUCGCCCAAACAGUUUCAAUUCAUAAGGAAAAAGUGGCUAGAAGAGAGAUUGGUGUGUUAACUGCGAACAAGGUGACAAAUAGGCAGUAUAAAAUCAUUGCACCAGCUAAUCCUGAAAAGCCCAUAAAAUAUGUUAGGAAGAGCAUUGAUUACUCAGCUCUGGACGACAUCGGGCACGGCGCGCGCUGGAGCGGUGGUGGCACGGGUACGCCGCGCGGCCGCCGCUCGGGCUCCGCGCCCGGUGCCGUGCCGCUGCCCGCGCCCACCACCAAGCCGCCUACGCCGCCCGCGGCCGUGCGCGCCGCCUCCGCCGCCAACACCGGCACUCUCGGCCGAGGAACUCUCGGCAAGUCGUCGCGCGAAUACCGCACGCCGCCAGCGGUGGCGCCGCCGCAGGUGCCGUCGCACUACGCGCCCAACUACCCGCGCCGCCCGCCCGGCUACUCCACACUACCGGUCGCUCAGCCACAGGUUGGAAUGGUACACCCAAAUCAGCAUCAGUCACCAUCCAAUUAUUCACAACAAGACUUACAUUCCAGUAUGCCACCUCCGCCGUCUCCACUAAUAGGAUCAGAUGGAGAACAUAGCCAGCACUCUAUGAGUCUGCCGGGGCAUCGCGCGUCGUCUUCGUCGGCGGGCGGGUCGGGCGGCUCGGGCGGCGGCUCGGCGCGCGGCGGCUCCGUGUCGCCGCCGCUGCCGCCGCCGCCGCUCGACGACGAGCUCGCCGAGUCCUUCGGCCGCCACCACAUGCAGUUGUUCCAGGGCAAGCUGGGCGCGCAGUACAGCGGCGCCGUGCCCGCCAUCGUGCCCGACGAGGAGGACCUGCCCGGCUGGGUGCCCAAGAACUAUAUCGAGAAAGUGGUGGCGAUAUACGACUACUACGCGGACAAGGAGGACGAGCUCUCAUUCCAGGAGAGUGCCGUCAUCUACGUGCUGAAGAAGAACGACGACGGCUGGUGGGAGGGCGUCAUGGACGGCGUCACCGGUCUGUUCCCCGGGAACUAUGUCGAGCCGUGCGUCUAAGCAUUCUGGCCUGUUCCCCGGGAACCAUGACGAGGCGUGUACCUUUACACAACCUGCUGCGGGAACUAUAUCUUGUGCGUCUUAUACGGCCAGCCCAUUCUCGGGAACAAUGUCGUGAUGUGCUUCUAAACUAUCGGCCUAGUUCCCGGGAAUUUUCGAGCUUUGUGUCUAAGCAUACCGGCCUGUUCCCCAGGAACCAUGACGAGGCGUGUGCCUUUACACAACCGGCUGCGGGAACUAUAUCUAACCGUGCGUCUUAUAUAUCUAGCCCAUUCUCGGGAACAGUGCUUCUAAACUCUACUCAAGAUUGAAGAAGAUUCAAAUCGUUAGAGCCGUUUCUGACACCAAUAUUAUUGUAGUAUAUUAAUUGUAUACUUUAAUAAAUAUAAUUAAUUAAUUACACUUAAUAUAAUUAAUUACACUUAAUACAAUUGAGAUGAUGCCUAUGUCAAAUUAUUUCUUAGGAAUUAUUAAAUAGAGGGUCUUCCAAAAUUCAUAAAAUCCACACCCGCUGUUAGUUUUAAGGUUGCUAACCAUUGUAAGUUAUUAUCGGUUUAACUAUAAAGUACGUGAAAUGUUUAUGACGUCACAUAUUGUGUUAAGUAUUUAUUUAUUACAAUUCAUCCAUUAAGCUCCCAUACUCGAACGUUUGAUUUGACUAUAUUAUGUCACCAUGUAUUAUAUAAAUAAUGUGCAAGAAUGAUAAUAUUAUUGUUAGUUUAGUAAGUAUAUAGGAUAGGAUAGUGCAUGAGGAUAGGAUAGUAAGUAUAUAGGAUAGGAUAGUGCAUUUAACUGUAAUUUUCGCUGGACUCUUAAACGAGUACAAUACAAACCAAAAAAAAAUUCUAACUUUUGAUAAUAAUAAUUAUUAUUAUGUAGUUGAAUCUAGAGUAUUUUCUUCAUAAUAUUCGUAGAUAAGUAACGUUUCAGUUUCAUUUAAAAAUGUUUACUCGGAUUGAGCCAAUAAUCGUGUAAUAAAUUUUAAUUAAAGUAUUUACGUAAACUGA